AUUUCUUGGCAACACCUCAUGGCGCUAAACUAAAGCCAAAGCAAAAGUAUUUUGCCAAAAGUCAGACGGAAAGUCAAUAGGAAAGAAAAACACACACACAUCAAACAAACAAUCAACAGGCCAUCAGCCGAUCAACUCACCCCGCAGCAAAAUGAACACCCACUAUCGCCUGCAAGACUUUAUGGUCUAUCCAAAUAUUGCUUUCAAUUUGGCCAUGGUUCAACCGUUUCGUUUGAGUGGCACACUUGAGGAGCAUCAAACGGCUAACAGGUGCCGUGGCUUUAUGAAAUCUAUGCUCAUCAAACUGUGGUUCGUAUUCGGAGCUGUGAAUUUGAUUUAUCAAAAUGUUGGCAUGUUGGCGUAUUUGUUGCUACCGCAACUCAGUGAAAUUUUCGAUGAUGUUGAAAUGGUGGCAAAAAUAUCUGAAACCGGCGGCAUAUUGGGUCUGACAAUGGUGGCCGUGUGCAAGAUGUUCGUUUUGUUUUGGCACGGUCGGCGCAUUUCGAUUUUGCUGCAAGAAUUGGAGGAGAUUUUUCCCGAUGAGAAGGAACAAUUUGCCCACCCAACGCUCUAUCGCGUUCGCCACUUUGCCCAGACCUCUGAACGUUUGAUGGGACGUACAACGAAAUUUUUCAUCUUUGCCUUUUGCUUUUACAACUCCCUCCCCAUUGCGGAACUCCUCUAUGAACUUCUGCUGCCUGACCAAGAGAUUAAAUAUCGCUAUCAAUCGAACACCUGGUAUCCGUGGCAGACGAAGGAUAACGCCAGGACAUGGUUGAAUUUCAUUGCUUCGUAUGUGUGCCAAGUGCAAUCGUCGUUGACUGGCGUUGGCUUUAUAAUGGCCGGCGAGUUUAUGCUGUGUUUUUUCAUAACCCAAAUGCAGAUGCAUUUCGACUAUUUGACCAAUGCCUUGAGGCAUUUGGAUGCAGCAUCGGUGAGGGCAAAUGAAAAAUUGAAAUAUUUAAUUAUUUAUCAUACGAAACUAUUAAGGUACUCCAAGGAAAUUAAUGAAAUUUUCAAUAUUUCAUUUCUGGUGAAUUUCAUAACUUCAUCGAUAGCCAUUUGCAUGAUGGCCUGUUCGAUGGUCAUGUUGAGCAUGGCCCAUACCUUUAAGUAUUCGGUGGGGUUGUUGUCAUUUUUGGUUUUUACAUUUUUCAUUUGCUAUAACGGUGGAGAAUUUACAGAUGCGAGCGAUGCAAUAAUGCCCUCGGCCUUCUACAACAACUGGUAUGAAGGAGACGCAUCCUAUCGUCGCAUGAUUCUCUUUUUCAUUUUACGUUCCUGCGAACCGAAUGUCUUGACAGCUUAUAAAUUUACCACCGUUUCAAUGCCCACAUUUAUGGCCAUUUUGAAAGUUUCCUAUCAGUUGUUUACAUUUCUCCAGGCCAUGGAUUGAGAUUAAGGCGAUUAUAAAAAUAUUAAAUAAAAAUUCAUAAUU